AUGGAUAAGCAGCCUCAAAAGGUCGCUGUCAUCGGCCUCGGCAUCGCUGGCCUUGUCGCUGUCAAAAACUUACUCGAAGUCGGUUUCGACGUGACUGGAUUUGAGCGCAGUGAGUAUGUCGGAGGUCUUUGGCAUUACACUGAGCAAGACAAGACAUCAGUCUUGCCGAGUACCAUCAUCAACAUCUCUAAAGAAAGGGCCGCCUUCACAGACUUCCCAUACCCAGACUCCACGCCCAGUCAUUGCCCGUCCGCCAAAGUGCAAGAGUAUAUAGAGUCUUAUGUAGACCACUUCAACUUUCGCGAUAAGCUUCGUUUGGGUGUAUCGGUAGAGAAAGUGCGACGCGAUGACGCAGGCAAUCGCUGGGUGGUAGACAUCAAGGGCUCUGAGCCAGAAUAUUUCGACAAGGUCAUCAUGGCGACGGGCGGAAACAAUCGUCCUCACAUUCCCAAGGUCGAGGGCAUGGAGCAAUUUGAAGGCGACGUUCUACAUUCGCGCGCCUUCAAACGACCAGAGCUCUACAAGGGCAAACGCGUGAUAGUUGUUGGCGUCUCCAAUACCGGCGCAGACACUGCGGCAGCUCUUUGCGGGCAUGCCGAAAAGAUAUGGCUAUCUCGCAGCCAUGGUGUUAUAGUGAUCCCACGGAAGCGCGAUGGCAUCCCAUUCGACCACACCCUCACAGCGCGCACAAUGGCCUUUAUGGGAACGUUCGAGAUCACAUUCCCUUCUCUGUACGAAAUCAUCUUCAACGCGAUCUGCAAGAAAAUGCAGGACAACGCGUUCAAGAUAAGGCCUGAAUGGGGUCUUUCUCCUGCAAUUUCCGUCCUGCACGCUCUACCCGUCAUAUCGGACAAUCUCAUUCCUCUGCUGGAGUCAGGCGACAUCACAUCAGUCCCGAAAAUCAAGCGCGUCACAGGGCCCAGAGAGAUUGAGCUAACAGACGGAACGCGUCUGGGUGUUGACACGAUCAUUUGGUGCACCGGAUACGAAGCAGAUUUCAGCCUCAUGGACCCAAGCAUUGAUCCCACUCGCAACACAACUCCAAAAUGGGCAGAAGCAAUCGGAUCUCGUGGGAAACCUCUUCCACGACUUUAUCAGAACGUGUUUUCGCUCGAUUACCCAGAUUCGCUGGCCUUCAUGGGCAAUCUCCUUGUCGCAACAAGCGCAUUUCCCAUCAGCGAUAUCUGCACCAUGGCCAUCGCUCAAAUCUGGAAAGGAAACUCUCCCCUCCCCUCAAUUGACGAAAUGAACCGCGCCACAGAUCAGCACCACGAGACAAUAUGUAAGCUUGCCAAUAGAGGCAGCGUGGUGCCUGGUUGGCUGCGACAGUCUGACUGGCUUGCGUGGGCUGACAAGGCAGCUGGGUCCCAAGUGUAUGAACAUCUCGGGUGGGGAUUGAAAGGAUGGAAGCUGUGGUGGAAUGAUCGCGCGCUGUAUAGGAUGUUGAUGGAUGGGGUCUUUACGCCGUUUGUGUGGAGGGUUUUUGAUGGGGAGGGCAAGAGGAAGAAGUGGGAUGGGGCGAGGGAGGCGAUUGAGAAGGUGAACGUUGAGUUGGCAGCUGCAAAGGCGAGGAAUAAGAACAAGAAGAGUCGGUAG